AUGACUGUAUCCACGAACCGUUAUUCCGCCCUGCUACAAGAGUCUACCGGCCAUGAAUCGACACCUACACUUGUCGGGCUCAGCACAUCGAAGUCACCAGGUCCACAAGCCGUUGCCUCAGUUGUCACUCAGAAUCAGUCUGUACUUUUCAAUGGUACUAAGUUCCCACCCGGAUCCAGAGCACCCAGCCUUCCAACUGGGCUGACCUGGGAAAACUUCUUCAUUAUCCACUAUCUACAAGCCGCACCACUCUCGCGCACAUUCUUGCACUCUAACGGAGAAAGAAGCUUCGCAGCCGUUUACCUAGGCGAGCACGCCAACGCCUGUGGCGAAGGUGCAUCCACUUACACCCUGCUUCCGCUUAGCCUACCACAUGUCGCCCCUCCUCAAGACUUGCAGGAUAAACUGCUCAAACUUAUCUCUGAAUCUAUCGACCCGGUUAGUGUCAAGAUAAUCAAUGACAAAUUUGGUCACAAGGCCGCGUUUGUACAAGCAAAGUCUCAAGAAGACGCGGAUAUUUUACUUAAAGCUACAUUACGACUUGAAGGGAGGCUUUUACGCCUCGAACGUGCUCGCGCACAUCGUGCACUAGCACUCUCGUUCACUCGCCCCAGUGGCAUAGUGAGCAAAAUACGAAUAAUAAGAGGAACAGACAAGUAUGUUCAAACUCAUACAAAG